GCACUGUAGCCUUCAGUGGAUUACGGUGAAACCACGCGUGAUGAUCAUGUGAUUUGACCACACCCCUCGCCAAGUGGACCACGCCCCCCUCCAUCGUGCACAUGGCAGAAUUGAGACCGUUGAGAUGUGAGUUUGGUGUUCUGGAGCGAGCCGACGGCUCUGCACGCGUGGUCCAGGGAGCCACGAGUGUAUUAGCUGGUGUAUAUGGCCCUGCAGAGGUGAAGGCGGGCAAGGAGAGAUCAAACAGGGCAUCGUUGGAGAUAGUGGUGAAGCCUGCGAGAGGCCAGGGAGGAGUGAGGGAGAGGUUUCUGGAGCAGCUGCUGGCUGGUUGCUGUGAGCAGUGUAUCCUGGCCUCCCUCCAUCCACACACUGCUCUUUCCGUGGUACUACAGAUCCACACAGAUCAAGGCUCACUUUUAUCUACACUGUGCCUGGCCCUUUGUCUGGCUCUGGUGGACUCUGGACUUCCUCUCUCUUCUCCAUUCUCCUCUCUAUCCACUGCCUGCUCACCUGAUGGAGACCUCCUCACUGACCCUUCUCUGGCACAGGAGCAGGCCAGCCAGAGUCUGGUGACAGUAAUGACAGACUGUAGCAGCGGUCGUGUCAUCUCCACCCACACACAAGGAGUUUGCUCUUUGCAACAGUUGGAGUCCAGUCUGGCCCAUGCAGAGAAGGCAGGGGAGAAGAUGAAGCAGUUCUACCAAAAGGCAGUACAAAGGAGACUGGCCAAGGAUGCCAAGUUCUCACACCUGAACAUAGCUAUCUGAUCAACAUCAUUCAUCAUCUCCAUUCUUCACACUCGCAGUUUACGAUUGUUUCAGUCAAAAAUAGAUA